UCCUCCCCUGCCUCCUUUGUUCCUUCAUUCGGCUGAUAUUUGAGGUCACCUACUAGGCACCAGGCAGGCACGAGGGGGAAAACACAGAUGCACGGGUGCUAUAAGGCCUGCCAGAGGACUCAGGCCAGACUCCAGGACCCUGGCCUCCCUGGGAAGCAGCAGUGUCACAGAGAUCAGGGAGUAGCUAAGGGGGUUGGGGGGGAAGGUGUUGGAAAUGAGCCUGAGCGGGGAGAAGCCCUCCUGUGUGCGAACGUGGGAUUCCAACAGCCAGGUCCUCAGAUGCUGCUGCUGCCCUCUGGUGGCGCGCGGUUGCCCUGCAGCUCGGACCACGUGAUUUCUGAGAAGAGGCCCGGCCUGGAGGAGAACUGAAACUUAGGGUGGGGACUGUAGGAAGGGGUGGAGAGAUCAGGAAGCUGCCUGGACGGCUCCUGAACCGAGGGCAGCUGCAUCCUGGGACAGCCAGCGAGCCGCGCAGGAUGGCAUCAGGCAGGGCACGCUGCACCCGAAAGCUGCGGAACUGGGUGGUGGAGCAAGUGGAGAGCGGGCAGUUCCCUGGGGUGUGCUGGGACGAUGCAGCCAAGACCAUGUUCCGGAUCCCCUGGAAGCACGCGGGCAAGCAGGACUUCCGGGAGGACCAGGAUGCCGCCUUCUUCAAGGCCUGGGCGAUAUUUAAGGGGAAGUUCAAGGAAGGGGACACGGAAGGCCCGGCUAUCUGGAAGACUCGUCUGCGCUGUGCCUUCAACAAGAGUCCCGAAUUUGAGGAGGUUCCUGAGAAUGCCCAUAGGGAUGGAGCUGAGCCCUACAAGGUGUAUCGGCUGCUGCCGCCGUCAGGAACCCUCCCCGCCCAGCCGGGGACCCAGAAAUCACCAUCAAAGCGACACCACAGUUCUGUGUCCUCUGAGAAGGAGGAGGAGGAGGGUACCACAAAGAAUGGCAAGCUCAGCCCCUCCUUGGUUAAGAAUCCCCUCAGAAAUGAGGAGGUGGGGGCCAAUGGGGGAGCAGGCCAUUCGAACUUUGGGAGCAGCAGCGGCAGCAGCAGCAGCCCCGAGCCUCAGGAAGGUACAGACACAACUGAAGCCCCUUUCCAAGGAGAUCAGGUGUCACUGGAGUUUCUGCCCCCUCCAGACUCAGACUACUCGCUGCUGCUCACCUUCAUCUACGGCGGGCGCGUGGUGGGUGAAGCGCAGGUGCAGAGCCUGGACUGCCGCCUCGUGGCCGAGCCCUCAGGCUCCCAGUGCGGCAUGGAGCAGGUGGUCUUUCCCAAGCCUGACCCACGAGAGCCCACCCAACGCCUGCUAAGCCAGAUCGAGAGGGGCGUCCUGGUAGCCAGCAACUCCCGGGGCCUCUUCGUGCAGCGCCUCUGCCCCAUCCCCGUCUCCUGGAACGCGCCCCAGGCACCACCCGGUCCAGGCCCGCAUCUGCUGCCCAGCAAUGAGUGCGUGGAGCUCUUCAGAACCAACUACUUCUGCAGAGACUUGGCCAGGUACUUCCAGGGCCUGGGUCCCCCACCCAAGUUCCAGGUGACACUGAAUUUCUGGGAGGAGAGCCCCGGCCCCAACCAUACCCCAAAGAGUCUUAUCACAGUGCAGAUGGAGCAGGCCUUUGCCCGACAUUUAUUGGAGGAGACUCCAGAGGAGCAGGCAGCCACUCUGUCCCUGCUGCAGAGCCUGGGGGACCCACUUCCUCCUCUCCUCUCCUUUCCUCCUAUCUCCUUUGAAAGAGACUCAUUCUCCACACUGUUGACCUGCUUCCCUCGGUGAUAAUUCUCAGUGGUUGUCUCUGAUGGUUACGUCCUUGAACUGCCGAUGUACCUGGCUGGCAGAGAACUCAAGGGUGAUUUUUAUCCACCCACCACCUUUUUUUGUUUGUUUGUUUUUUGAGAUAUGCCUUCUUUCAUCUCUGAGGAACUGACCUGGGAAAGUCCAAAUGGUGUGAACUCAGGGGAUCUUUCCUCUUCCCCCACCCCUAAAGCCAAGCACUUUAUAUUUUCUUCUUAGAUGUUCACUAGGGAUUUAAAAAUAAAACUUUAUUGAAAGA